GAAAUCCCAGGGCCCGCCCAGGGCUUGGGGGGAGUGCACGGGCGAGGUCUAAGACAUGUCUGUCAAAAAAAAUUUUCUUGCCAAAAAUCCAGGGGCGCACUGCCCCUGGUGCCUCCGGGUGGACCCCAUCACGGCUGCGUCUGGUUUUCCGUUCAGAGGCCCCAGGAAUUAGGGGGGGCUUGAUCAGCUCUUGACCUGCCGCAUUGACCCGGUCGGUGUCUCCGAUUCCCGCUUUUUCGGCUACGACCAACCAGCUUUCGGCCUCCGCGUGGUGCAACGCAAUUGGCUGUGCAGUUGGUUUGCCCGCGCAAACCCCCGCAAACUCGUGAGGCUUCCCCUGCCGACCAGACGUGCCUCCGCCAUCGUCGCAAAGCAUGGCGGAGUGGGUGCCAAGCAACUGGCGUGAGGAGUGGGCGGAGCAGGCGGCCGCGGCCAUGGAGGAAAAGGGGCUGACGGAGCACGAGCGGGAGGCGGCGGAGGAGACCAUGGUGCCGUUCCGCCUGGAGUCGCUGUUCCCUGACCGUGUCGAUCUCGCCCACACGGUCCGCAGGAACUUGACCGCUGUUGUGGAGGACAUCGAGGUCGACAUGGUGGAGAAGGAGUUUCUGGGCGAGCGACCACGAACCAGUGACACCGAGCGACGGAUGGAGGCUGUGGGGUUGGCCCAUGAGAGAAUCCAGGCACGCCGGGACCAGUUUUGGACAGGCCCCACUGCGGGGAAGGAAGAGGAGGAGGAGGAGGAGGAGAUUGACCUGCUGGAUGGUGGGAUGUCUCCUGCCGCCUUUCUCACGGCAACUCAGCGUGGAAGACCGCACGCACCCGAGCAACUCCGCGAAGAGCCUGGGACUUCGACCCCGCGUCCACCCUCGCCAAAAAGAGUGAGGGCAUUCUCGCGUGUCCCGAGCUUUGCCCAGGUGCUUGGCCGUCGAAGGGGGGGGGGCGUCUGGCUCGAUGGACAGUUGAGUGAAUGGACACAGGGGGCCUGGGGUUCCCGCCUGCCAUGGUGAGCCCUGUCUGUCGGCAAAAUAAAGCUUUGUUUAAACUUAACAGGCUCCGCACACUGAAUACACAUGUCCUGGAUCCGGAAACGGGUUGCGCUUUGAGCAUGUCUGCAUGUUUUGGGAACCCAUUUUCUGGGAUAGUCUUUAAACAGAAGGUGCUGGGGAAGCCUGGAGGGUGCUCUUGCCGG